CCGUCAUGGCCGCGGACGAGAAGGACCCUUUGAGCUAUUUCGCGGCUUACGGGAGCAGCAGCUCAGGCUCCUCGGAUGAGGAGGACAACAGCGAGCCGGAGGAAACGAGUCGCAAGGCCUCGGAUCCCGUGAAGGCUGCAGGGAGUUGUGGCAACAAGGCGGAGAAGCGGUUGCCGGGACCUGACGAGCUGUUCCGGAGUGUGACUCGCCCGGCCUUUCUCUACAAUCCGCUCAACAAGCAGAUAGACUGGGAGAGGCACGUCGUCAAGGCGCCUGAGGAGCCUCCAAAAGAAUUCAAAAUAUGGAAAUCUAACUACAUACCACCCCCGGAGACCUACACUACCGAAAAGAAACCACCACCUCCAGAACUGGAUAUGGCAAUAAAAUGGUCUAACAUAUAUGAGGACAAUGGUGAUGAUGCCCCUCAGAAUGCUAAGAAAGCCAGGCUUCUACCAGAGGGGGAGGAGACAGUGGAAUCAGAUGAUGAAAAGGAAGAGCAUACGUCUAAAAAGCGUAAGAUGGAAACAGGAGAACCAGUAAAGAAGAAAAAGUGAAAAACAACAAAUGGCAAGAAUUGGCUGGACUGUGAAACUUGUUGAAAUGUUUCUUUGGACAGAUUAAGUUGAUAUUGUAAAUUAUUAUAAUAACAUCUCCAUGAAAUUACCUGUGUUAAUUAACUAAUGAGUAUUGUUCUAGGACCUUUCCUCUGAAGAUUUCAUUUUUUAUUUAAAACCUGUGUGUAUUUAAAACUCAAAUGGUAACUUGUGAUCGUGGAAUUGGCAACACUUGGAAGCAUUCUUACUAUCACAAAAUUGGUGACAUGCUUUGAGAAUUUUGUCAUAUGUUGAUAUGCCAGUGUUCUAUGAACCUUUUAUAAAGGAAUAUAUUUUUAAAGUAAAUACAUUGUAAUGUACUGUGAAAUUGUCGGGUGCUUAUCAACAGUGUUUGUACAGUGUAAAUAGAUCAUGAAAAUAAAUACUUAUUCAAUAUUACAAUUACUGUAUAACAUUUAUAACAUUAAUAUUUGGAUAUUUGUGAUAAAUACCCUCUUUGCCAGGUGACAUGUUAGGUUGUAAAAGUAUUACCAUUUAGGGAGUGCCUCCUAUGGUCCAGGUGCUUUGUGCAGUUAUCUCUGUUCUUUAACCUAGUAAUGUAUUGUUAUCCUUAUCCUUCUUUUACAAUAAAGAGAGAUUAAGUAACUUGUC